AUGCAGCUGCUUCCUUGGCGGAUCGUACCACUCCUCCUCAUCAGCAUCUCGCAUGUCGGGAUGGCUUUGCUUGAGGAGCGGUUCGUCGCCUUUGAAGCCGGCGAUGAUGGAGCGCUCGAGCUCCAGAAUUCCACUAUAAUAUAUGACACUCAGGAUCCAAAGGCUGUCCGUAUAGCUGUUGACAGUCUUGCGGACGACUUGGAGCAGAUCACGGGGAACAAGCCUCCCGUCUGCGAGUGGUCCUCGACGGAUUCUUGCGGGGAUGAGGUUGCAUCAGCCAUCAUCGCUGCUACAGUGGACUCAAAUCUGAUCAAGAGCCUGGAGGAAAAUGAGAAGAUCGAUGUGUCGAGCAUCCGAGGAAAAUGGGAGACCUUCCAGACUUCCAUCGUUGAAGAACCUCUUGCUGGGGUGAAGAGGGCGCUCCUCAUCGCGGGAAGUGAUAAACGAGGAGCGGCGUUUGGUGUUUAUACCUUGUCGGAGCAGAGCGGCCAGUCUCCCCUCCACUUCUGGGCCGAUGUGCCUGCCCAGAAACAUGACAAGAUCUAUGCCCUGCCCAAGACCACCACCUACGGGGAGCCGAGUGUCAAGUACCGGGGCCUCUUCAUCAACGACGAGGCUCCGGCGCUUACCCAGUGGUGGGCCAAGAGAAACAACGUCAGCGACUACACCUUUGACUCCAAGUUCUACGCCCACGUGUACGACCUCAUCCUCCGCCUCAGGGGCAACUUCAUGUGGCCCGCCAUGUGGCGGUCGUACAUCCCCCGCCCCGGCCGCAUCUUCUUCACCGACGACCCCAGGAACCAGCAGGUGGCCGACGACUACGGUAUAGUCAUCUCGACCAGCCACCACGAGCCCAUGCAGAGGGCCUCAAACGAGUGGGCCGUCGUGGGCGAGGGGCGGUGGGACUGGGAGGAGAACAAGGAGAACGUGGCCGCCUUCAUGGAGGAGGGUGUCCGCCGCGCCGGUAACAACGAGUCCUACUUCACGCUGGGGAUGCGCUCAGAUGCCGACGGCCCUAUCGAGGGCGAUGACCCCGUUGCGAUUCUGACGGAUAUCAUGGAUACCCAGAGGCAGAUGAUUGCCAAGUAUCACGGGAAUGAAUCCGCAGCUCCUCAAGUAUGGACUGUCUAUAAGGAGGUCCAGGGCUACUACGAAGCGGGCCUGGUCCCCCCAACAGACGUGACUCUCAUGUUCUCCGAUGACAACUGGGGGACAAUCCGAAGACUUCCAAAGAAGGACGAGCUUGGCCGAGAAGGAGGUUACGGGUUAUAUCAUCACCUUGCCUACGUCGGCGUGCCCAAAGCCUAUAAAUGGCACAAUACAAACAACCUACCAAAACUCUACAAGGAGCUGUAUCAUGCAUAUGAGCGAGGUUCAAGGCAGAUCUGGAUCCUCAACGUCGAGGACAUCAAGCCUCUGGAAUUGCCGUUUUCCUUCGCCAUGGACAUGGCCUGGAACAUCUCAAAGUUCGACUUUGAUUUCAUCCCCGAGUACCUCACCCGGUUCUCCGCCCGCGAAUUCGGCGAAGAGUUCGCCGAGGAGGCUGCGAGUUUGCUCUACAACCACAGCCGCCUGGUCGGUCGCCGCAAGUACGAGAUGACACUCCCUGAGACGUACUCGGUUAUGAACUACCACGAGGGGGAACGUAUCGUCAAGGACUGGAAUGGGCUGGCGGAGAGGGCUAAGUCCAUCUAUGACCGGCUCCCAGAAGACAGACGUAUCGUGUUCCACCACCACGCUCUCUAUCCAGCACUGGCCGGAGCAAAAUUCCACUCCAUCAUGGUCAACCGUGCGACGAACUGGCAGUAUGCCCAGGAGCGGCGAAACUCGUGCAACGAGGUCGCCCAGCAGAUCCUCGACGAUUUCGCCGACGAGUGGGAUCUCGUGAUCGAGUACGAGAGCCUCGUCGACGGCAAGUGGGCAGGCAUGCUGUCAACUCCAAAGUUCGACGUUGGCCUGGACAGAUCGGAGCCGUCCUCGCGCGACGUCAUCACCAACAUCUCCUAUAUCCAGACACGGCAGGAGUUCGACUACAGCUUCGGAAACCUGGGUAUAUACGCCGAGGGCUGCGGAAGCGCGAUCCGUCAGGGGCGGACGAUCGCAUCCGCCAACCCCGCGUUCCCUACCGAAGGCGAUCUGAGGCCAUUCUUACCGAGCUUCACUCCAUAUGGCCCAGACCUGCAGACGGUAGAUCUCUUCCACAGAGGCGACCACCGAAAGAACCUAGCCUGGUCGCUGGAGUCACCAUACAACUGGCUCAAGUUCUCAUCCACCUCGGGAACGCUCUCCAGCGAACUAUCCCAGCAGCGGCUCAACGUCACAGUAGACUGGAACGAGGUGCCAGAGGGCUUCGACGAGACAUUCGACGUACGGAUCAACUGGGAGCCCGCCCCUUACUUCGACAACCUCGGCAUCUCAGUCAGGAACCUACGAGUCCCAACCGACUUCUCCGGGUUCCCCGAGGUCAACAACGUCAUAUCCAUCGAAGCUCCUCACUUCCAGCGCUCAUCGGGAACCCCUUCCAACUCCUCGUCCGCCUCCGAGGACACAGUGGGCUUCAAGAUCAUCCCCCACCUCGGCACACGGAGCGAGUCCGGCUCGCUCGCCCUCCGCCCCUUCCAGGCCGCCCGCGAGGACAGCUCCGCCACGCAGUCUGCCUGGGUCGACUACGACAUCUACCUCUUCGGCGAGCUGGCGGGCGCCCUCAGCGUCACCCUCCACUUCAACGGCGCGCUCGACACGGACCCGGACCUGCCCCUCGCGUACUCCCUGACACUAGACGACAGCGGGGACGCCGGCAGCUUCACGAGGCUGCUCGAGGACCCCGAGGUGGUCGGCGACCUGCCUGCGGACUGGGAGGAGCGCGUGGCCGACAACGUGUGGGAGAGGACCGUGGAUUUCGGCGGCGAGGUCGCGCCGGGGAAACAUACCUUGCGGUACCGGGCGACUUCCCCCGAGCUGUACCUGGAGAAGAUUGUGGUUGAGUUCAGGGGAGCGGCGAAAGAUUCGUACCUGGGCCCUCCGGAAACGAGGUUUGUGUGA